AUGACUUUGGAGAUGGGACAGCCUCUAGUCCAGGUACCACCACUGGCAAAGGCAGAGAACACCUCACUCUCUGGAGUAGGUACUGCCCCUCAAGGGGAACUCUGUAGCCUUGAAGCUGCCCGGCAGCUUUUCAGACACUUUCAGUACCAAGUGCUGUCUGGGCCCCACGAGACCCUGAGGCAACUCCGGAAGCUCUGUUUCCAGUGGCUGCAGCCAGAGGUUCACAGUAAAGAGCAGAUCCUGGAGCUCCUCAUGUUGGAGCAAUUACUGACCAUCCUGCCUGGGGAGAUCCAGAUGUGGGUGCGCACACAGCGUCCUGGCAGUGGAGAGGAGGCUGUUACUCUUGUGGAGAGCUUGAAGGGCGAGCCCCAGAGACUGUGGCAGUGGAUCAGCAGCCAGGUUCUGGGACAAGAAAGUUCACCUGUGGAGGUGGAAUCUGCAAGCUUCCAAGUAAGGGAGGCAGAGGCCAGUCUUGAAGUGGUGCCUCAGGAGCUGGGACUUGAGAAUUCAGCUUCAGGGCCCGAGGAACAACUGAACCACAUCAUCAAAGAGGAAGCUGACACUGAGCCAGAGUUAGUGAUGGAUGCUCCUCAGCUUCUUUUGAGACCUGUGGAAAGGCUCAUCACUGACCAGGACACUGAAGUCCUUGACCCUCUGCAGCAAGAUCAGUGGAGGCACUUGGAUUCCACUCAGAAGGAGCACUACUGGAACCUCAUGCUGGAGAACUAUGGCAAAAUGGUCUCAGGAGGUACUUCCAAUCCCAAACCUGACCCAGCUAAUUCAGCCAGUUACAAGGAAGAGCUGGCAGGACCCCCGCUUUAUGCCAGCGAGAAGAUCCUAGCUCCCACCUGCAGUGGCGACAGGCAAGAGAAUGGCGAAGAGAACCUCAACUUAGAAAUCUGUUCGGACCAGAAGCCUCCAAUUGACCCUUGUCACAUCUCAGGAGAGGCCCCUCCUCAGGGUUCUUUGAGUGACUUCUUUGGUGAGAGUGAACAAAGAAUCUUUGGAGAAGGAGAUUAUCCUCCUAAGGCACAGGGACACCAUCAAGAUGAGAAAAGACAAGAGCCUCUCUCUCCUCAGGAAAACAUUUCUGGGAAACAGUCCUACCAGUAUUUGCAUGAUUCUCACCCAGGAGGUCUCUCUGGAUUGUUACCGAAGCAGAAGCAAGAAACCCCCCAGGAGAACCAGUUGAGACCUCAGAUGACCCAGAAACUUCUCACCUGCAGAGAGUGUGGGAAAACCUUUUGUAGAAAUUCUCAGCUUGUGUUUCACCAGAGAACUCAUACUGGAAAGACAUAUUUUCAGUGCCCCACCUGCAAAAAAACCCUUCUGCGAAAUUCAGAUGUUGUGAAGCAUCAGAGAAUCCACAUAGGGGAGAAGCCUUGCAGGUGUGAUCAUUGUGGGAAAAGCUUCAGGGACUUUUCUGGAUUAUGCCACCAUGAGAAAAUCCACACGGGAGAGAAACCACAUGCAAGUCCUCUCUGUGACAAGAGGUUCAGCAGCAGGUCCACCUUAAAUGAACACCAGGUAGUCCUCCACACAGGAGAGAAGCCCUAUAAAUGUCCUGUCUGUGAAAAGAGGUUCAGCGACAGGUCCUCCUUAAAUAAACACCAGCGGGUCCACACAGGACAGAAGCCCUAUAAAUGUCCUCUGUGUGAAAAGAGUUUUGGCCGCAGACCCGACUUAAGUAUACACAUGAGGGUCCACACAGGAGAGAAGCCCUAUAAAUGUCCUGUCUGUGAAAAGAGGUUUAGCAACAGGUCCUCUUUAAAUAGACACCAGUGGAUCCACACAGGACAGAAGCCCUAUAAAUGUCCUCUGUGUGAAAAGAGUUUUGGCUGCAAAUCCGACUUAAAUAUUCACAAGCGGGUCCACACAGGAGAAAAACCUUAUAAAUGUCCUCUCUGUGAAAAGAGGUUCACUCAGGUGGCCAACUUUAAUGUACACCAGCGGGUCCACACAGGAGAGAAGCCCUAUAAAUGUCCUGUCUGUGAAAAGAAGUUCAGAGACAGAUCCUCCUUCAAUAGACACCAGCGGGUCCACACAGGAGAGAAGCCCUAUAAAUGUCCUUUUUGUGAAAAGAGUUUCACUAAGAUGGCCCACGUUAGUAGACACCAGUCAUUGCACACAGGAGAGAAACCCUACAAAUGUCCUCUCUGA